AUGGCCGCCCCGUUUCUCAACGAUAUCGCCGAGAACGGCAAGUUGUUCCUCGAGACCCAAGAUGACGGCGCCAGGCGCAAGAUUAUCGCUGCUGCCAGCUCAUUGAUCGCGAGCCUCGAGAAUCCGGGAGAGGUCAUGGCUCGGAUUGGCUGGGGGGAGCCGACCAAAGCUGCUGCUUUGAGAACGGCAUUCGAACUGGGAAUUCUCAAAAAGCUAUCAGACAAGCCGUUGAGCAGUGUACAGUUGGCUGAAGGCACCAAAGCCGACCCGACUCUCGUGGCAAGAGUGAUGAAGCAUCUUGCUGCAAACGAUCUAGUCAAGGAGGUUGGCCAAGACUCUUACGUUGCUACACCAUUCUCUGGCGCCACGCAAGAUCCUACAAUCGCCGGCGGUCUCACCUACAGUUUUGAGGGCAUGAUUCCCACCUUCUACGGCCUGCCUGAGUUCCUGGCAAAGACGGAUUAUCAAAACCCGACGAAUGCAGAGGACGGUCCGGUCCAGCACGGUCUCAAGACAACCCAACCAUUCUUUGGUAUCCUGCAGAGCAAUCAGCGUCUGGGGUCAGCGUUCAACAAUUUCAUGACGGGUUACGCUAAGAUGAGACCUCGCUGGUACGACUUCUACCCCGCUCUAGAGCAGUUGGGCGGCUCAGAUAUCACAAAGGGUCCCCUCCUGGUUGAUGUUGGCGGCGGCCUCGGGCACGAGCUGAUCGGAUUCCACGCUACUCAGGGAGAGCAACUGAAAGGUCAGCUCGUACUGCAGGAUCUUCCUUCAGUAAUCCAAGAAUCCACGGACUCCAAACUUCUCCCCUCGGCGAUCCAAGCAGUUCCCCACGACUUCUUCCAGCCCAUGCCCGAAGAAUACAAGGGUGCUCGGGCUUACUUCAUGCGUCUGAUCCUCCACGACUGGCCCGACUCGCAGUGCCAGACCAUUCUCAAUAAUUUACGUGACGCCAUGGUCAAGGGUCACUCCAAGGUUAUCAUCAACGAGGCUGUUCUGAACGAUGUGGGAGCCCCGUGGCAGCAGACCAGCCUGGACUGGACUAUGAUGGGGAUGCUGGUGAGUCGAGAGCGGACGGAGAGCCAGUGGCGCGAUCUGCUGGCGAAGUCUGGAUUGAAGAUUACUGGAAUCUGGUCCAAGGAAGCAGAAAACGUCAUUGAGGCAGAAUUGAUUUGA